AUGACAAUCAUAGGUUAUUCAGGUCGAGGAAGAGGUAGAGAAAAGGGCAGAGGACGUGGGAGAGGAUGGGGAAGAGGCGGUGAUAGGGGAAGAAGUGUGACAUACCAGUCUUACGCUGGGGGCCAAGGAAGAGGACGAGGAAGGUUUUCCUACCGGUAUCAGCAACAACAGCUCUAUUCUGCAAGCAGCGGAAACAGCGGAAAUCCAUCUCACAAGUGGGUAAGGAAUGGUAAUGAAGCUACUAAUGCUGAGAGUAACGGAAAUUUAGGAGAAGAAAAGAGCACACAAGAGCAGGACUUUGUUAAACGUGGUAAGAAUCAACUUAUCCUGAAAACAGAUAAACCUUCUGGUCUGUACUCGGAGAAGAAUGAAGAAUCCUCAACAAAGACGUCCUCGGAUUCAAAAAUGGAUGGAGAAUCUAUUGGGAAGCCUGAAUCUGAACACACAGAUUCGCAGUUGCCCAACACAUCGACGUUUGUAAUAAUCGAAACUGAGACCAACAAAUUGAUAUCUUCUGGGUCAAGAAACGAUACCAGCCGUGAAGAGGACAAGCCAGAUGCACAAUCGUCAGAAAACAAAAUGGAAGAUAAAGUUGAUACGACCAUGCCAUCGCAACCAUCAUCAUCGCAGAAACCUGCUCCAAACAGACCGGCUGUGUCUGAAUUGAAAGUGAAUAGCAUCGGCAAUAGGAGCGCUAUACUAGGCGCUGACGGUAGUAUGCUUUCGACUCAUCUAAAGAAGGUGGCUUCGCACAAGCUCGUGGCUUCUGGUGCAAGUAGCAAACCAGGCGUACCGGCUAGGAGAACAAAUCAUCCAGGUCCUCCUCACUGGAAAAGUGGGAAUACCAAGAAACGACCGCCACCUCGGUCUGGAAGGCCACGCCCGGGUGCCGCAAAACGGAUUGCCAUUGAGGUGACAAAUAAGGCCAGUGGCGAACAAGAGCAGCCGAUCACUCAAGAUGGUUCAACUGCCAAUGAAGGAUCCCUGUCAUCCGAACCAACCGAAAAGCUAACAGAUUUUGCAUAUCGACAGACAAGCGCAAGAGUACAACGUGGUAACGAUUCCAAAAGCCUCAAGUGGUCCGCGAACGGGGGUAGUACUGUCAGUUCUAGCAUCCAUCAAUCUGGGAGACCGCUUCGACGAAACAUGGGACUCGUCCGAGUACAACCAAACACGGGCAAGACACCAAUUUGCAAAACGUUUCUUAGAGGGAUUAACUGCACGGACAAGUAUUGCAAAAAGCGGCACGAUAUUCCAAAGGAAUUCUCCGUUCCAGUAUGUUCUUUUUUUCAACGUCAUGGAAAUUGUCUCAAGGGAGAGAGUUGUCCCUUUCGACACAUCAAGGUCAACCCGAGGGCGAUGGUGUGUCCAAGCUUUGCCGUUUUGGGGUUUUGCGAUGAUCCAGACUGCAACAUGAAACAUGAGCGCUCAAAGCCAAAGAAGUAG